CGCGGGCGCAGCGGCGGGCGGGAGGGGGGUGGCGCGCCGCCGCAGCGGGCCGGGAGCCGUGGUGGCGAGGAGGAUGGCGCGGGCGCCCCGUUGGAUGCUCGGCUGGCUGCUGCUCGCCUGCUGCGUGCCGCACACAGAGCCGCUGGCCGUGAUGUCCGUGGACAUGGGCAGCGAGUCCAUGAAGAUUGCCAUUGUGAAGCCUGGGGUGCCGAUGGAAAUUGUCCUGAACAAGGAAUCACGGAGGAAAACACCUGUAGCUGUUGCUUUGAAGGAGAAUGAGCGUCUCUUUGGUGAUAGUGCAUUAGGAAUGUCUAUAAAGACCCCCAAGGUGGCAUUCAGAUACUUUCAAGAUCUGCUGGGUAAGCAAAUUGAUAACCCUCAAGUGGCACUGUACCAGUCCCGAUUCCCAGAACAUGAACUGGUGAAGGAUGAGAAGAGACAGACGGUUAUCUUCAAGCUGUCACAGACAUUACAGUAUUCUCCAGAGGAGAUGCUUGGUAUGGUCCUGAACUAUUCACGUGGUCUAGCUGAGGAAUUUGCAGAGCAGCCCAUCAAGGAUGCAGUGAUCACUGUUCCUGCCUACUUCAACCAGGCAGAGAGGAGAGCAGUGCUGCACGCUGCUCGCAUGGCUGACUUGAAGGUUCUGCAGCUGAUCAAUGACAACACUGCUGUAGCUUUGAACUAUGGAGUUUUCAGGAGGAAAGACAUCAAUGCCACUGCACAGAAUAUCAUGUUUUACGACAUGGGAGCAGGAAGCACCGUUUGUACUAUUGUUACGUAUCAGACAGUGAAAACUAAGGACUCGGGAACCCAACCUCAGUUGCAGAUCCAGGGCAUUGGGUUUGACCGUACUCUUGGAGGUUUAGAGAUGGAGCUUCGUCUCCGAGAUUAUUUGGCAAAGCUCUUUAAUGAUCAGCACCCCUCGAAAGAUGUCCGAAAGAACCCCCGGGCCAUGGCCAAACUGCUGAAGGAGGCCAACCGCCUGAAAACUGUCCUGAGUGCAAAUGCUGACCACAUGGCACAGAUUGAGGGGCUGCUGGAUGAUAUUGACUUCAAAGCCAAAGUCUCAAGGCAAGAAUUUGAGGAUUUGUGCUCUGACUUGUUCCAACGAGUCCCAGGACCUGUGCAGCAGGCUUUGAGCAGCGCAGAGAUGAACCUGGAUGGAAUUGACCAGGUGAUUCUAGUUGGCGGUGCCACACGGGUCCCCAAAGUGCAGGAAGUUUUGCUGAAAGCUGUGGGCAAAGAGGAACUGGGCAAGAAUAUAAAUGCUGAUGAGGCUGCUGCCAUGGGUGCAGUCUACCAAGCAGCUGCUCUGAGCAAAGCCUUUAAGGUGAAGCCUUUCAUGGUUCGAGAUGCAGCCAUGUUUCCUAUCCAGGUGGAGUUUACUCGUGAAGUUGAGGAGGAUGAUAAAUCCAAGAGUUUAAAGCAUAACAAGAGGAUUUUGUUCCAGCGCAUGGCACCAUAUCCACAGCGUAAAGUGAUCACUUUCAACCGCUACACAGAUGACUUUGAGUUCUAUGUCAACUAUGGAGAUCUGUCUUUCCUGAACCAGGAUGACUUGCGAAUUUUUGGAUCCCUGAAUCUCACUACCGUGAGGCUAAAGGGAGUUGGGGAGAGUUUUAAGAAGCACUCAGAUUAUGAGUCCAAAGGCAUCAAAGCUCACUUCAAUAUGGAUGAGAGCGGAGUGCUGAGUCUUGACCGGGUGGAAUCUGUGUUUGAGACCUUGGUGGAAGACAAGCUGGAGGAGGAGUCAACACUGACAAAACUUGGUAACACCAUCUCAAGCCUCUUUGGGGGUGGUGGCCAUACACCAGAGGCUGGAGAGAACCUGACGGACUCGGUUCAGGAAGAAGAAGAAAGCCUAGCAGAAGCAGCUAAAGAAGAGCAGGGGGUGAAACAAGGCCAGAAGAGUAGUGCAGAAGAUGCUGGUGAAGAGCAGGGAGAGGAGAAACAGCAGUCACCACAUCCAGAUCAGGCAGAGGCUGUCCCUCCUAAAGAAGAGUCGCAGAAAAACGAAGAAGGCGAGAAAUCAGAGGCUCGGGAUCCUAAGGAAGAUAAAGAAACUGUGAAAGAGGAAGAACUUUCCAAAAGUUCUGGUGCAGGCACUGCUGCCAAAGCAGAAGAAGAGAAAAAAAUCAAAGCACCCAAGAAGCAGAAGCUCGUCCAUGAGAUCACGAUGGAACUGGAUGUAAAUGAUGUGCCUGACCUGCUGGAGGAUGAACUGAAGAGCUCAAUGAAAAAGCUCCAAGAUUUGACAAUCAGAGAUCUGGAGAAACAGGAAAGAGAAAAAUCAGCCAACAGCUUGGAGUCAUUCAUCUUCGAGACCCAGGACAAGCUUUACCAAGAAGAGUACCUGUUUGUCUCAACAGAGGAGGAGAGAGAAGAAAUUUCCAAAAAGCUUAGUGAAGCUUCAAACUGGAUGGAGGAGGAGGGCUAUGCAGCUGCAACUAAGGAGCUGAAGGACAAGCUUGCAGAGCUGAAGAAGCUUUGUAGGAACCUCUUCUUCCGGGUCGAGGAAAGGAGGAAAUGGCCAGAACGGCUGGCUGCCCUGGAGAGUCUGCUGAACCACUCAAACAUCUUCCUCAAGGGAGCCCGAAUGAUCCCAGAGUCUGACCAAAUAUUCACAGAAGUGGAACUGGGUACACUGGAAAAAGCAAUCAAUGAAACAACGGUAUGGAAAAAUGAGACACUGGCAGAACAGAAUAAACUGUCUCCUGCUGAGAAACCAGUCCUGCUGUCCAAAGAUAUAGAGCUCAAGAUAGCAGGCCUGGACAGAGAAGUGCAAUAUCUUCUGAACAAGGCCAAGUUUGCAAAACCAAAACCCAAAAAGGAGAAGAAUGCCACAAAAUCUGAUUCAGGCAAGAAUGCUACAGGAACCUCUGAGAGUGAGAACACUAUCCCUCCCACGGAGGGGAAGCAAGAAGAGAAACCUGAGGAUAUCAGUCCGGCCAAGGAACCCCCAACUACUGAGAAAGUAGUGACAGAUGAUGAGCCUGGAUCAGAUUCCAGCUCCAAAAAAGAGAAGAAACCAGAAGCUGGAGGAGAAAGCAGGAAAAACGAUGAGUUGUAACACCCCCUGAAGCCCCUCUAGUGUCAACAUCUAUUUAUUUCAUCGUUACCUUCUUGUUUUUAUAAUGGACUGGGUCAGUUAUGAUGUAAAUGGAACACAACAAACGGUCUGAAAACACAA